GCGGGAUGGCAGCCCCGUUUGUACACAAAAAAACAGAGUUGACGUGGCCGCCGCAGUGACUACAUAAAAUAUUCGCAUAUUUCAUCACGGCAGCGAUUUAAUUAUUGCUAUUUAAAAAAGCAGACGAAAAAAAGUGAAAAUAGAAAUUUCGAAAACGGGAAUUAAUUAAACAUUAAAAAUGAGUUUGCAGUGGACUUUGAUCGCUGGAUUUCUCUAUGCAGAAAUCGCACUUGUCCUGUUGUUGGUUCUGCCAGUAGCAAGUCCUUACCGGUGGAACCGGCUCUUCAAGUCCAAGUUCCUGUCCAUGCUGGGCCAACAGGCGCACUUGUAUUUCUUCCUGAUCAUGGGUCUCUUGGUCCUGUUCCUUCUGGAGGCCAUUCGCGAAAUGAGAAAGUAUUCGAAUUACGAACAUAGUGGGGAUGUCCACCUGAACGUGGAAAUGCAGCACAGCAUGAAGCUAUUCCGUGCCCAGAGAAACUUCUACAUCUCUGGAUUUGCCAUUUUCCUUGUCUUGGUCAUCCGGCGUUUGGUGUCUUUGAUCUCCGCUCAGGCCAAUCUUUUGGCCCAAAGCGAGGCCUCCAUGAAGCAGGCCCAAAGUGCCACAGCUGCCGCACGCUCUUUGUUGGAAGACAAGAAGACCGAAAAGGCCAAGGAAGCCGGCGAGGAUACCACUCUUAUCGAGCUCAACAAGCUGCGCGAUCGCGUCCAGGAGCUCACCGGAGAUCUGAACCGCGAGAAGAAGGACAAGGAGGCGGUUAAAUCCCAGGCGGAGAGCCUAAACCGCGAGUACGACCGACUCACCGAGGAGUACAGCAAGCUGCAGAAGAAGAUCACCAUCGGCGGAGCCGGAAACAAGGAUGAUUAAGCUCUGGAACCGAGUCCAACAUUUAAAUAACGAUAAGACUUAUACUUGGCGGUGGGGCAGCGAAAGCAGGCACAUUUAAAAAGAUUAUAAAUGAUUUCAAAUCGAUAAGAAGCACACACAUCUUAAUGAUAAUCCUCAUUCACACCACUAUACCAUUUGAUAACGAAUGGGAAUUAUUGAUAAUGGUCCCUCUUUGCGUUCGUUUUGCCUGAAAUUUGUUGUAUUUAAUUCAUAUGUGUUAAGAUUUGUUUGCCACAGAAACACACACAAAAAGCGUCGUGGCUAUUAAAAGAACAAUCAUACUCCA